AUGGAACUACACAAAGAAGAAGUGUAUGAUAGGGCAAAUAUAAAUAUUAAUGUGGUAGUUAAUGAUAAUAUAAAAGAAGUAAUUAUAAAAAAUCUUAAAAAUAACAUAAAAGACAAAAAUAUUAGAAUAAACAGCUAUGAUUAUAACAGCAUUAAUAAAAUAAAUUAUUUUACCAAGGACUCUACAAAUUCUGAAAGUAACAUGCUACAUUUUUGGAUAAAAAAAAUAAAAAUUAUUACAUCAGUUAUUGUUUUUUGUAUUGAUUGGCAAAACAUAAUUAAUAUUAAUCAAAAUGAUUUGAGUAAAGAAUGCCAUAGAGACAAAUAUAUCAAAGAUAUAAAGAAAGAAAAUGAAAAUGAUGAAGAAAUAAAUUUAAAUGAGAAUAAUACAAAUGAAGAAAUUUUGAAUAAUAAAGUUUUAGAUAAAUCUAGUAUUCAAAAUACUGAAUUUAUGAAUGAUAUAAACAAUGAUUUAAUUAAAAAAAUAGAUGAGAUUAAUAAAAUAAUUAUAAAAAGAAAAAAAAUGUGUAAAAUAAUUUUAUUAGUUAUAUUACCAGAAAAUGCAAAAAAUACGGAAGAAUAUAUCAAGCACGUUACUUUGUUGAAUUCUCAAAAUAUAAAUGCUAUAUUUAUCACUUUAGGUUUAAAAGAAAUACAUAAUAAAAUAAAAAAAUUAGAAAAUUUGUUAAGAGAUUGUAUUAAUUCAUUCUUUAAACAAUAUAUAGUUAGUUAUGAAAGUAAAAGUAGUAAAAAUCUUAUGUGUUUUUUUAAUUAUAAUUUUAAGAAAGCUUAUAUAUUAGAAAUGCUAGAAAAAUAUGAUGAAAGUAUGAAAAUAUAUGUAAAUUUAUGCAAAAUAUUUUACGAAAAUAUAGGGAAAAAAUUAUUUUCUGAUAUCAUAAAAUUUUUUGAAUAUGUUAUCUUUUUUAAUUCUAUUAGCAUAAGGAUGAUAUAUAUAUAUUUACAUUUUAAAGAUGUUAAGAAAAGUAUUCACCACAUAUAUACACAUAAUAAAAUAAUUUUUUUAGCACUAAUAAAUAAAAAAUAUGAGAAUGAAAAAAAUAAUAAAUUGUUAGAAAUUAUAAAUGUUUUUAAUAUAACGUGUAGUCAUGAUUUUGUAAACUACAUAAAAUAUUCUGAAUUUGAUGAUAUAAAACUUAAAAAGACAAUAAUAUUAAAAGAAGAAGGACUGAGUGAAAUAAUUUAUAUUUUAUAUGAUAAGAUAAUUAAGGAAUAUCUUUAUUAUAAUUUAAUUUCAUGUGUAUAUUUUUAUUUUUAUAGAAUUAUUAAAAAUAUUAACAUUAAUAUUCACGAUGUAGCUACAUAUGGACUUUAUUGUUGUUUUUGUAUUUAUUAUAAAAUUAGAGCACUUAAAAAAAGAAAAAGAUUAAUUAAUGAAUUUAGAAACUUUAAAUUUGAUAGUUAUUUUAAAAUUGCUUCUAUUUCUUAUUUAUAUGAUUUCAUUUUGAAUUUUUUAAUUGAAAUUUUUCACAUUAUAAGUCUAAAUAAUAUUUAUAAUUUAUCUGUAGUCAUUAUUUAUUUUUUAUGUAUGAUAUAUUAUGAAAAAAAAAAUUACAUAUUUUGCUUAUAUUUAUUGUUGCAGUUUUUUAACCAUGAAGAUCAUUUUUUUAUAUUAACUUCAGUUAAUACAGAAAUUUUAAAGAAUCAAAAAUGUGACAUAUAUGAUUUUUAUGCAUCUCUAGAAAAAUUUAAAGAAGAGAAAAGUUAUCUUAGAAAUAGAAGAGGAAAUUACUAUGAAUGUUUGAUAUUUCUGGUAGUAAAUUGCUUAGGAUUUUUAUUAAGUUAUGAAAAAGUAGAAAUAAGUAUAGAUAAAAAUAUUUUAAAUAAUGAAAAAUUCAAUAUAGCAUAUUAUGAAAAUUUAUUUAUUAUUAUUUGUUUUGAGUAUUUGAAUAUUUUAAUAAGUAAUAAUAAACAAAAGGAGCAAACUGAAUUUAUUGAAUUUAUUAUUGGAUACAUUAAAUUCAUAAAUAAAAAUAUCUGUUUUAAUAAGGAAUUAGACAUAUCAAUUUCUAAUAUUUACAUAAAUUUGUACUAUUUAAUUGAUGAGAAUAAUAUUAAAAUUUUUUUAGAAAUAAAAAAUACAAGCUACAUUAAUUUUAUUUUAUUACCUUUUAUUGGGAUUUCAAUAAAUAAUAAACUAUCAUAUUUUAAGUUAACUUUUUCAAACAUUUAUGAAGGCAUUUUUUUUUCAUAUGCAGAAUCUAUAAAUUAUGAGAACAUUGAUGAAUUAAUUUUAUUUGAAUAUUCAUAUAGGGAAAAAGGAUUAAUUCAUGAAGAUAACUAUAUAAAUGAUCAAAAUUUGACAAAGGAAACGAAUAUAAAGAAUGAUGGAAAGCUGUUUUUGAACAAAGAAAAUUUAGUUAGUUUAUAUAUAUGUAAUAAAAAAGAAAAUGAAAUUGAUAUUAAUCAUAUUGAAUUAUAUCUGUAUAUUUAUAAUCAAAUUAUAAAAAUAAAAAUAAAUAAAAUUUUUACCUAUUUCCUAAGGAGAGAAUAUUUAGAAAAACUAAUCAUUUCAGAAGUAAGAAAAUCAAUAAAAACAAAUAAUAAUAUUUCUUUAGAUAAUGAUGAUACUAAAAGCUAUAUUAAUAUAAUAUCUGAUAGUUCUAUGUUAAAAAAUUCUUUUGAAGAAUCUAGUGUGAAAUAUGAUGACGUACUUAAAGAAAAAGAAAUAAAAAGUGAUAUGAAAUAUGUUGAUUUAAAAAGUAUUAAUAAAGACGAUAAAAAAAUAUUUGAAAUAAGGAAUAUUAAUGAAAUAGGUAAAGCACAUUUUUAUAGAUUGAAGAAAGGGAUAUAUUUAAAUAAAUAUAAAAAUAAAAUUAUCUUUAAUAAAAAUAAAUAUUUCUAUAAAAAUUUAUUAAUGAAAUAUGUAAAUUAUUUUGUUUAUUCAAAUAAGAAUAUUUUAUAUUUAAAUGAAUAUAAUAUUUCCUAUAUUUUUAUUAAAUGCUCAAAAUACAUACAAAAUUUUGAAUUAUAUUUUUCAUUUACGACAGAAGAUAUAGAAAAUUUAAAUUUUUAUUUAUUAACAAAAAAAAAAAAUAUAAUAGGCUUUCAAAAAAUAGAAAGCAAAGAAAAAGUUAAAUUCACUGGAGAUAAAAACAUGUGCAAAUUAUUUCAAGGAAGAAAUAAAAUGGCAAGUUAUUCUAAUUGUGUAAAUUCUAAUAUAAAGCCAUUAAAAAAUAAAUUUAAUAUGAAAGAUGUCAAUUAUAUGAGUAAUACUUGUGAAAAUGCUAAUAGUGUUAAUAAUGAUAAUAAUAACAGUAAUGAUGAUGAUUGUGACAAUGACGAUAAUGAUAGUGACAACGAUAAUAAUUCGUAUAAUGAAUAUAGUUGCAGUGAUAUAAAUGAAAAUGAAAAAUCUCUAAAUAAUAUAACCAGUGUAUUAAUUAAAAAUAAUGAAAUAGAUGAAUUCAUUAUUGAUAGAAACUUUCAUAAAUUAUUAACCGAUGGUUUAAACAAAGAAAUAGAUGAAUUGUGCAGUAAAACAGAAAGUAAUUUAUUUUUUUUUGAAAUUAAUCUAAAUAAAAAAAAAGGAAAUAAAGAAAAAAAAAUUAAAAAAUUGUACGGGAGAAGCAAUUUUUGUAAUAAAUGCUAUAUAUCAUAUGAAAUUAGAAAAAAAAAAAAUUCUAAUAAGACCUUUUCAUUUUAUUCAAACCAAAAGGAAAAAUUAAUAUGUAUACCAUUUCUUUUACAUCCAAGAAAUUCAAAAAAUAUAAAUAUAAAUUUUGAAUUUUUUUUCAAAAAUAUCUACUUUCAGGAUACUUUAAAUUAUUCAGUGAAAUACUCUGUUGAACCAUCUAUAAUAACAAUAGUAACAAAAAUGAAAACAUUAGAUGGUAAAGAUGAAAUGAAAGAAAAUAUGGAAAAUGGUUCAAAAAAUAAAAUUAAUAGUAUUAAUGAUUCAUUUAAAUUGUUGAAAAAUCCCUCUGAAGAAAAAAAUUAUAACAACAUUGAUACACUUAAUGAUGUUGACCAAAAAUUUUAUAAUAAUUUAAAGUAUUAUUAUAUAUAUAUAUAUAGUAAUAAUGUAAAUAAUAUAAUCAUCAAAAAUAUAACAGAUAGAAAGUUAAGUGAUGUAAUUCAAAUAAAAUAUAAAAGUACAUAUUGCGAUUUAAUAAAAACUAAUAAUAAAAACAUAAAUAUAAAUUAUCAAUUUAAUUAUAAAAAUUUACUUUUCCCAUUUAAUAAAAUAUUUAAAGAAGUAACUUUUAUUUAUUCGAUAAAGCUACCGCACGAUGAUUUAAGAAAUGUAAAAGAAAUAGAUUUCAUAAAAGAACAAAAAAAAAGUAAAAUAAAGAUAGAACUAAUUUACUCUAAAAUUGUAAGAUAUAAUGAAACUUUUAUUGUUGAAUCUAUUAUAACAAAUGAAACAAAUAUUACUGAAGAGGUAGUUAUUUUUUUAUAUGAUAAGCAAAAGAGAAAAAAGAAAGUAUAUCAUGACAACAAUAGUUUGGAGCAAACAAAGCAAAAUAGGAAAAUUCAGGAUACUAAAAAAAAAAAAGUGCAAGAAAAUAAAAACACAUUUGGAAGUAGUUCAGAGUCUCCUUUUUCUGAUGAUUUAGAAAAAUUAGCUAAUCAAGAUUACUCUUUAUCAGUUGAUGAAAAUGAUAAUUCUGAAAAGAAAUAUAUAAUAACAGGUAUUAAAAUAAUGAAGAAUAUUUUAUUGCCUUAUCAAACACUUCGAUUAAAAUGGUCUUUUAUUGCAUUUACACAUGGCUUUGUAAAAUUACCUAAUGUAUUAAUCAAAAGAAAAACAAAAAUAAAAAAUAAUAUAAAUGUUUUUUCAUCACCAAAUAUUGAAUUAUUCGUAAUAUGA